CAAAAUUCAUGAUUUUAUAUGAACUCUGGGCAAUCUAAUCUACUCUGUCCAUCGAUCAUAAAUGUUUUCCUCCAAACUUGUGCUUGUCUACUCCCUCUUCUUCCUUGUUCUUCCUCUUGGAUCUAUUGCACAUAUUCUCAAGGCUUGUAAGUUUGAAGCAAUAUAUCAACUUGGGGAUUCACUAUCAGAUACAGGAAAUGUCAUCAUAGAGAACCCUUCUUCUGCUUAUGCAAGGCUUCCCUAUGGCCAAAACUUUUACAAGAAAGCAACAGGUAGAUGCUCCAAUGGCCUGCUGAUGAUUGAUUAUAUUGCAUUAUCAGCUGGUUUACCUCUUCUUGAUGCCUACUUAAAUCCAAAGGCAAGUACCAGUCAUGGGGUGAACUUUGCAGUUGCUGGUUCUACAGCCUUGCCUGUUGAAUUUCUAGCAGAGAAGUAUAGUCUUGUUCCUCCUGUUACUAAUAGUUCUCUUACUGUACAACUUGGCUGGAUGUUAUCUCACUUCAACACAACCUGCUAUAGCAGACAAGAUUGUUCUAAGAAACUUGAAAAAUCUCUCUUCUUGGUGGGAGAGAUUGGAGGUAAUGAUUAUAUCUAUUCAUUGUUGGAAGGUAAGACUAUAGAUGAGGUAAAGUCCGUUAGGUCAGAUGUUGUCAAAGCAAUCAAAGAUGCCAUUUUGAGAGUUAUUGAUUAUGGUGCUACUCGAAUAGUAGUUCCUGGAAAUCUUCCUAUGGGUUGUUUACCUGCAUUUCUUACAGAAUUUGACACCAAUGAUAGUAAUGCAUAUGAUGAAUUUCAUUGCUUGAAAGAAGUAAAUAGUCUUUCAAUGAACUUCAAUGGACACCUCCAAAAAGCCAUUGAAAAAAUAGAAAAAGAGCAUCCAAAUGUAACUAUCAUAUAUGGUGACUUCUACAAUGCUUACAAGUGGAUAUUGCAAAAUGCGCAAUUGCUAGGAUUCAGUCCCAACUCAUUGCAAAAAGCUUGCUGUGGAAGUGGAGGUAAUUAUAACUAUAAUGUUUUAAGGAGAUGUGGAGCUUCUGGUGUACCUGUUUGUCCAAAUCCUCAGCAACAUAUCAGUUGGGAUGGGAUACAUUUAACACAAGAGGCCUACCGUCACUUGGCAACAUGGAUCAUCUGUGACAUCUUUCAGAAACUUCAAUGUGGUGUAUAGAGAUCCCAUUUUUUUCCUUUGAACUUUGGGAUCGAUGAUGUCCAAUUUACCUAAACUUUUAGAUUUGAUAUCAAAUUAGUCCAUUUUUGUAAAAAAUUAUUAAAACAUAAUGUUUCAAAUUUUACUAAUAAAAUAUUAAUUUAUUUUCUAA